AUGCCAUUUACCGACUUGCUCAGGCGGUCGUCGCCUCAAGUGGCGCACGAUGCUUCAUCUUCCGCUGCUUCAUCUUCCGCUGCUUCAACAUCUUACCAUGGAUCAGCAUUCACUGCCACACCAUCCUCCGCCAAGCUUCGCCGAUCAGCUUCGACUCGCGAGCGAUUCACCUUUGGCCGUUCGUCGAAACCACGCACUUCCUUAGACACAGACAGCAACAUGCUUUACCCCCUCCGCCAACUUCAGCCAAGCCCCAGCCACAACCGAGGAUCGCAUUACUCCACCGCUGACGAUCACAGCAUAGGCGAAGCGCCAUUACAUGCUCCAUCGUCCAAUCGACCUUCUGCUGCACCAUUACCCUCCAUCUCGCCACUUCCCCACACGCCUUCGUUGCCAAGUGCAGCAGCCUCUUCAGCUCAUAUCGGCACAAGCCCUCAAAUCAGUCAGUACGAUAGGCUGUUCUGUUUGUCUGCCCCAUCUGCUUCCCUAUCUCCUCGCUGUCCGACCGUUGCUCUUGUCAACUCACCACCUUCGCGACCACCUUUGGCAUCAUCGUCAUCGACACGGUCCAUCACUUCCUCGUCAGCUCAUCAACCUACCCAGUCGACGACGACAAGUCAAGUAGCUCACGAGCCGAUCUCGGCAGCUGCGACUACCUCAGCUUCUUUACUCAGGAGAAAAAGCACCAAGUCGCGAUCUCCUUUCCCACCAGCCUCUGCGUCAACAGGAACAAACAGCACACCUCGAGACAGAUCCAACAUGGGCACCUCCAUCUUCCGAAGGCCAAGUCUGCGUCGUCGCAACGGCUCAAGCGAUUCAACCGCUACGCAGUCCGAAAAGAUCCUGCAGCAAAUGGCAUCCAUAAAACCGGCUGUCGAAUCUACGGCUAUCUCGGGCAACUCACUUCCUCCGAUAGUAUUUCCGAGCAUUGAUGUCGUUCCUGUGAACACUUUCGAGCCGAUCAGACCCACCAGCUCUUCGACAGGUCGAUUUGCAAAGUUUUUCGGACGGCGGAAGUCUGUUUCCAGCCCUGUCAAUGUCUUGCCAAAACACGAUCUCGACGUCAAUCCUCUACCUCCGCUCAGAGAUGCCACCUUUGCCGGGAACAGCAAGUCGCCUCUACUGGCUGUCAUAUCGGCUGGUUGGCAGGUCUCAACGCAAGAAAGUAAAGCCUUGAAGGCUGAUGCUGAUCUGGACAGGACAAUAUCUUCUCGCACCGUCGGGCCUAGCUCAGCGAUGGAUCAAACCAACUCACUCGAGAGUCGGCGAGGUAGCAGCCAUGCCAACGCACUGUCAAGGACAAACGAUAGCGAGAGCAGUAAAGUCUCGGUCUUUACCUUCCCUUCUCGUCCUUCGCUCUCUAACGACUCUGCUGCUAAGAAGGAGCAUUUGGCACUCGAGCCUGCACGCGCGAGACAGGCGAAGCACUCGACAAGCCGCUCGUUUCCCUUGACCUCGAUGCCCAUGUCGGGCCCAAUUCCCAUUUCGACCUCUCCUGAUCCAACUGACCCUUCGGCAACAACGAAUAUCCAGCGUCGUCCCAGUCAGAUUGGCCGAAGCCUCAGCCAUCGCAAGAGCAGCAAGAGUCUUUCCAUGAUUGGAUCCAUGUUCGCUAGCAGCUCGCAUUCCUUCUCUGCCGCUGACUCGCCAGCGCUUCCGCAAUCAGCUUCCACGCUCAGCCAGAUGUAUCCUGCCUACAGGCGUCAUAAGAGCGUAGCAGCAGCGGCCAAUUCAUCGACCUCGAAUCAUUCACGAAGACCUUCCUUACGUGCACGACUCAAGUUUGGCCGCAACAACACCGACGCAAGUUCCCAAAGGCCUUCCACACCUGAGAUCGAGAGCUGGAAACAGAGAGCCACUCAACCGAUCGGCAUCGCCUCUCCCGCCCAAAACGAGCGAAUGUCACUAGCCAGCAUGGAUGGAUCCUCCCGACCCAAGCCUGCUGAGAUGCCCGUCAAGAUUGUCCGCUCCAAGAGCCAGAUCCGACGCAAGCCUGCUCCCGAGGUCAAGCAGGAAGAGAUUGAUAGCAGUUCAAGCACUCCUGUCUACGGUCGGACGUUCAGGGCGCUCGAGGUCGACCAUGACGCGGGUUCACCGUUGGGCGCAAGGCUCGCUUCUUCGCCAGCAACUCAACCUGCAGUGUUGGCCGACUCGAUCUCGGAUGUCGAGACAAGCCCCAAUCUUGUCGCUCGUCGAAUCGUGCCUGCUCUGAGCAAUGUUGCACAUCAGCAAACAAAGCGCGAGCAGCGAGAAGAGAGAGCUGUGCAGGGUCUGGGCCUUCUCGGGGCGUCAACUGCCCCUGCGGACGCUGCUGAUACUUCGGUGCCGAGCAUCAACAUCCGUCCCAGUACACCUACCACAGCUGCCGACAAGCCUAACUCGAGCAUCAAUGCCGCACACCAGAACCUUGCUCCUAGUGCCUUGCCUUCUUUGAAGGGCAAGCGUCUGUCAUCCGGCGUGCACAGCAUCGCAGACACGUCUCUGUCAGUUGAACGUCCAUGGUCACUCAUCAGCGCUGGUGAAGCCGAUACCCCAUUGCUCAAGCUUCGAAAGCUGGUCGUCAACACCGACGCUUCCGACGAUGACAGCCGCGACGGUGAUGAUGCCACCGAAAGACUCUUCUUCCGCCCUCUCAACAGUGCGGGCAGACCACUCGACGACGAGGACGGCGCUCCGAUCGAGAGGAUGACGGACAGCUCUGACAAGAGGGAGGCGGCAGCCAAGAGCGACUCAGAACAGCUCCGGUCGACCUCGCAAGCUACUACACGCUCCGACACUAAGCACGAGUUCGCAUCCAUCCACUCUUCGGGCUCAAGCACCAUUCGUGCGGCACGUGGCGUUGCAGCCCAGCCCAGUAUCUCAGGGUUGUCUGCUGCAUCGGGGGCAUUGUCUGAUGCCUCGCAGGCUUUCACCAUUCGCAUGCGCAACGUGCCUGCUAGCUUGGUUGCUGAAAGCGAUGCAAACUCAGUCGGGCUCCUCCCUGCCCAGAGCCCAGCUGCUUCUCAACACUCAUUCCGCACUCGACAGCACCGAUGGGAGGGCUCGACAGGGCCCAACUUCAGUCAAACGACCGUCCAACAGGCCAAGAGAGCGAGCACCGCCUCUCGCAUGACAGCACGAAGCAGUGACCUCUGGAGCGAGAGUCGUCAGUCCGAGGAUGCCUUGAGCGCGCUCGGAGCUGAAGUUGGUCAGGCAAGACGUGCAGAGGUCGUUGCGCUCGGCAAAGGCAGAGUCAAGGACUGGGUUGGUAACGGUGGUGCCGAUCGAUCGCUGCCGAUGGCUGAGGCUCCUACACUUUCUCGCAGCAACACGCUGCGAAAGAAGUCGCAGGCCAAUGUUGUAGCUGCCGACUUUAACUAUGUUCGCGUCGAUGAAAGAGAGGCACAGCGUCAGAAAGCUCUCAACGAAGAUCUCAGUCGAAGGCUGCAAUUGUUGUCUGAUGCCCAAGUUGGGUCGGCUGCAGCAGAGAGGGAGAUUCGCGACAUGCCCGAUGAAGAGUCUCUAGCUGCGUCGCCUUGCAAUCACCAAGGCUGCUCUGCACCCGUGCCGCGCUUUGUCAGACUGUCUGCUUUUCAUGAUAGGAAGCUGCUUGGUGACGUGGACCAAACGACUUCGCAGAACGCAGCCCCAGUAACAGUAACAAGCCAACUGGCGGAAGAGGCCAUCCGUCUCGGCCGUGCACCAUCGAAGCGCGUCCGCCGGAAUGUCAGCGAGACAAAGAGCGCCGGUGAAGCGGUCAUGGUGAUGCGCGAUGCGGCCAAUAUGCUUCCUCGUUCUUCAGGCAACUCGAGCGUUGUAGCUGCUCGUCAUCGACGUCGUUCUACUUCGCUGUCGUCCCGGAAAGCUUGGAGCUCGAUGGAUAUGAUGAACCCGACUUUGGUCCCUGCUUUGCCCACGGCUCCUCUGCUUCACGUGCAGGAUGGGCAGCCUGCUAGUGACAAGGGUGCAGACGUUGAGACUGCUCACGUCGAGGAUGGCAGCAAGCAGCACUCAAAGCAACGGUCAUUCGCGACAUCGGAAGAAGCAGCGCAGGCCAAGCGCCAGGAGCUGUUGGAGCGGGAAAAGCGCCUUGCCGAAAAGGAAGCCAGACGUCAACUGCAGUUUCAGGAGAAGUACGCCAAAAAGAAGCAGAGUGAUCCAUUGCUUGCUGCACGAUUGGCGCUUGCAGGUCUCCAAACGCCCAUGGAAGCUGUGCCAAAGCUUCAGGGCGAGAGCUUGGCCCAGUCAGCUGCUGCUUCGAGAUCGUCCUUGUGUGGCGGUAGUGGCUUGCAAGUGCCCGAGAUUGCGGGUGGGCGAGCUUCAGCAACUGGUUCUCCGGCCUUGCUUUCGGUCAUAGCCUCGCCCAUGGGUCGCAAGAACUCGAACGCAGGCAGCGUCAUGUCUUUCCACACUGCGAUGGACGUGGCAACUGGCGACAGUCAGGCUGUGUCUGGCUCGAGUUCUGCGAAGGUCUUGCAGACUGAGCCGACGGCAGAGACAUCCUUAAGCUCUAAGGGCAGUGCGGAGGUGCGACCAGACACAUCAUACAGCAUUGCCUCCUCGCUCGCGGUUGACUUUGAGUUUCCCGUCCCACCUCAACGGAUGAAGGAGCAAGUCUCGAAAGACGGCACGCUUCUCAGUCGGGCCGGUCUGCAGGAAUCGUCUGCGCAACAAAAGGGGCGAGAAGGUCGACACUACCUACCCAAAUCAGCCAAGGCACCACUCACACCUCAUCGCGAUUCGUCUCUGCGUCAUCGCAACGACCACAGAUCGAAGCACAACUCGCACGUAUCGACUCUUUUUCCUAACGGAGUUGAGAUGGCAGCGUCAGAAACGAUGCCCAAGCUGGCAGCAGUGUCACCAUUAGACUCGGUGAAGCAAUCUGGCGCACUGCGCAGAUCGAGGUCGGUUGGAUACAACAAUCGCGAUUUGCGUUGGUUGACACGCGAGGAGAUGAUGCUAGACACCACGGCUCAUGCUAGCCCGCAAGAGUGGGACAACAGGGCCACUUGGGCGAACGGCUUGGGUAUUCAGAUGGAUGAGACAGUCAGUGGCGGGAGGAAAUAUUCGAAGGCUAGUGGCGUGCCCCGCCAUGUUAUCCUCGCGUAA